AUGGGCAUGAUGAUCAAAUUCCGCUCUCGUCAGCCUAAUAGCUGCCAAACGCAAUCCACUACCAAUUGCGAAUCUUCAUCAACCGCUUCGACUUCUUCACAACCACAUUCGCCAGCAUCAACAGGACCUUCUCUGCCUUCGCCUUCGAUGUCUUCUUUUUCAUCAAAUGGCGUUCUUUCGUCCGAUUCACCGACAUUAAAAUCAGGUUUCGAACCAGAACAAAAACCCAAAGCAGGCAUUUUGGUACACAACAGCUUAUCAACAUUAUGCUACAGACCAGCAUCAGCAGAAGAAACAUCAUCUAUCAAUCGAAUGUCAUCCUACGAAACACAAGAAGAUGUUGAAAAUCGUCAAGGUGACGUUUGGUGUUCAGCACAAGCUGCAUUAAGAGAAUCACAGAGGCCAUCAUCGCAUUCGGAUUUACCAUCUUUACGAUUCGAUGAAACGGAAUACAAUAAACAACAUCAACGCAAUCCAUCCAAAUCAAUUUAUCAGAAUAAACAUGUUGCUUAUGCUACAGUAUUUGACGGAUCAAUCGUCAGAAGGAGGGAGAUCACUACACCAUCUUCCACCAAUAGUCAUCAACCAUCACCUCGCGGAUCUCCUUCAUCAGGAGGCUGUGAGCCUUUGCCCAACACAUCAACAGCAAGUUACUCCCCAACAACUUCUUCACCGCCACAGUACGAAUAUAGCAGAAUAUAUUAUUCCAACGGAAAUUCACAAAAACGAAAGGGUCUUCGUGGAAUUCUGGCUCGUUAA